AUGCUGCUCUUCACAAAGCCUAUGCCCCCGAAGAUCAGAAAGAAGAGAGCGAGGACAGGUACUUGCUCACACCUUCCCAGCAAAGAAGCGAGAAAAAAGUGCUGCGAGCGGAAGCCUCGAUGCACACGCUGCACAGAGAGAGGGUUGGAGUGCAUCUACAACCCUGUCGAGCCGCGUCGCAGCAAACAUACCAGCGGGAUAGCCUUAAAGACUCCCCGUAGUGUUUCUCCGACGCAACACUUCAGAUCAAGACGAUCCUUAGAAGUUGUCUCAGAUGGGGGCUUCACUGAACAUCCAAGGGACGCUCACUCUACAUCAAGUCACUCGCCCCCUGAGACACUAGAUUGGGCCAGCUUCAGCCAAUUCGACUUUUGUGACAAACCAGUUGACCAGCUCACAAAUUUCGAUCGAGAGAGCGAUUCACUGAGUAGCUCACGGUUCGAAUUUGUCCCGCUUAACGCCGAGUUAUCCCAAUCCAAUGCCAUCGAUAUCGCGUCUCUUCUAUCUGGGCUGGAAAUACCGCAGCCGUCAUUCUCUAACAUGACAGACUGUGCCCAUGAAAGGAAACUCGUUCAUCAUUUCUCCAGUGUUCUUUCCCACCUGAUUGUCUUCACGGAAGAGCCGGACAACCUUUUUCAGGGCCUCAUUCUACCCCUGUGCUCUGAUAACUCACCCGUCCUAAACGCUAUGUGCGCCUUCGCCAAGGGACAUCUUGAGUACAUGGGCGUGCAAGACUCCAAACAUUCUUCAAACUACAGAGUUCUUGCUGCUGAGGGGGUCUUUCAACUUGUGCAGCAGAAUUGUCGGCAGGAAGAGGUCUUGGCGGCAACCAUGCUGCUCGUGUACUACGAAUCUCUCACCUUAACAGGAGCCACCAACAUGGUUCUUGAGCACCUGAGAAGCGCCUUUCUUGUGCUGAGUUCGAUUACUCUAUCCAAGAAGACCCGUAGUAUCUUGUUUCUUGAAAAGGCUUUCCAAUUUUACGACGUCAUCACAGCCCUUUCUUUAGGACGUAGUCCCGUGUCUACUGUACCCGCAACUGAGCAGGUCUACUCUAUGGCAUCACCCUCGUCCAAGUCAGCCCCAAACGGUCCUGUCGAUCCACUCCUUGGUAUGACUGGCAAUCUGUGGCCAAUUCUUUACCGUCUCAGCACUCUCAAGUCCUUAAAAGGGGACUUGGAUGGCGCGGUCUCCAACAACCAACCAGCCAAAGCCGUUGUUCUUUUGAUGGAGUACGAGUCCACAGUCAAGGCAGUGCAGAAGGCUCUCCAAGAUUGGGCGCCUCCAGUACAGUCAGAUGAGGACUUAGAACCCUUUUGCGAUUCGGAUGCCCAGGGCGCAUUCCGCGCCAUGGUCCACAACUCUAUGGCAUAUCGUCACGGUGCUUUGGUAUACCUGAAUCGGUCCAUCCACGACCACCCAGUCGACCAUCCUGCGGUUCAGGAAAACUGCCAUCUCACUCUGGAGAACUGUGUUGCGGUCAUCGCAUCCGGUGGACCGGUCAAUGCGCUCCUCUGGCCUUUGUUCGUAGCAGCAUGCGAAGCUAUCACGGACCAGGACCGGGGCCUCGCAAGAUACGCCUUCAUUGAAAUCGAACGAAGGCAGGGCAUGAUCAACAUUGAGAGGGCUCGUGCUGUUGUUCUUCAUCAGUGGGCUGCUGCGACGUCGGGAAAACUUAAUGGCGGCUGCAACAUGGGCGCUGAAGCCUGGAGGGAGGUUGCGGGGAGUAUGGGAAUGACAAUUAUUUUCGGUUAG